CUUUAUAGAUGGAUAAGCUUGUUAACAGUAAGGUAUUGAGAUCUUUGCCAUUGGUACAAGUAGAAUUACUUCAAAACAGCAACAAAGAAAUAGAAGCCACUAAUACCAAACAUUUAUGUAACAUGGUUUUGGAUUGGAUAAAGCAAAUGUUUGAAACUGGAGAAAAUUUUAGCAUUUCAAGAUUAAGUGAAAAGGUUCAUAUGUUGUAUUUAAAUCUGGAUCACACACUUCAUGACUGCAGUGAUAUUGAAACUGGUGAUAGUAAAGAUUCUGAAUUGAUUCAAGACUAUAAGAAAAUGUCACGUAAGAUAUCACCAACAAUGCAUAGAGCUGGAAGUAAAAAAUCCAUUCCUAUUCCAGCAAAACCAGCAGAAUUUUUAUACACUAAAGAUGAAAUUAUAAUUGGCUCACCAUCUGAUCUAGAAAAUAGAGAAGAGAAGGAUUGGAAAGUUAUUGCAACUGUUCAAAAUGGUGAACAUGUGAUUACUGGUUUAGCUGUUGUAGCUAGUAAGUUGAUUGUUUUAUCAGUUGUUCAACGUCUCAACACUCCUUGUAGUAGCCCACCUACUUCAAGAAAUACAUCAGUUGAAAAGGCUGAUACAUAUUCUUUACUUCCACCAAUGAGUUCUGCAAGAUGUGCUGGUGGAACAGCUGAAUUAGAAGGAAAAUUACUUGUGUGUGGUGGAUAUAAUCGUGUAGAAUGCUUGAGAACUGUUGAAUUGUAUGAUCUAGAAAAAAAUACAUGGUCUUUACUUCAAGCAAUGAAUAUUCCUCGUGGAAGAUUUAAUAUUGCUGUUGUUUCGAAUAAAGUUUAUGCUAUUGGAGGAUGUGAUGGUACAAAAGAUUNGUAA